CAAACGACUGAGCCCCCACUCAGAAGAAAAUGAAAUUCGCAAUUGUUCUACUUUUGGCCAGCAUUGCCUGCGCUAACAGCCAGGCUGCACCAUCUGGCGGCGGCGGCAUUGCCAUCAAUCCCUUCGCGGCAGCCAAUCCCUAUGCGGCCGCCUUCAAUCCAUUUCUGAACGGACUUUUCGGUGGUGCAGGUGCAGGUGCAGGAGGAGCUGGAGCUCCAGUUGCUCCAACUCCGCCCUUUGGUGGUGCCUCCAUCUCAUCGUUCUUCCAGUCUGUGGUGCUGCAGCGGGAGGCCGAGCGUCUGCUCAGCCAGCCGAACUUCCCCACCGAUCUGGCCGAGCGUGUCCAGGAUGUGGUGGCCAACUCCCAGGAGACGAUCGCCGGCUGCAGCACCACUGCCACCCUGCCCUGGCUGCAGAUCCGUUGCGUCAAGCCCCUGCUGACCAGCGCUAAGAACGAGCUCAAGCUGAUCGAUGACGAGUGGCAGGCCCGCCAAACGGCCGCCGCCAGCCCUGCUGCACCAGCCACAGCCUAGGAGCCAACUGCACUUCUAUUCCAGUAUUUAAUACCUUAUUUAAUCUAUAGACGAGGGCAAUCGACCAACAUAGUUGCAAUAACAUUCAAAUAAGCUCAAUGCUGGAA